CUCUACCCUGCUGUAUAUGCAUGUGCAUACAAUUACAGAAUUAUUUUAUUUUUCCACAAGGACUAAGCUUUCAUACAUUAUUAUUUUCCUCUUGACCUUGUAUGCUGAAAGAAAAGAAUUAAAUGAUUUUUUGACAAAAUUAUUUUAAUGUUAAACAAAUAUUGUAAAACUUCUGUUUUUUAAAAUUUUGAAUAGCAAACCAAGUAAAUGAAAUAUCUGUUUGAAGUGCACAUUUUCUGCAAAACUGAAAAUUCAAGGCUGAUAGACAACUACUGCCUAUAUAUUUUGAGAAAUGAAGGAUAUUUUGGUUAAAUUUGAAAGUGGACAAAAGUUGAUGGAUGUGAGAAAAUAUGAUGAAGCAGAGAAGAUAUUUAACGAGAUCAUUAUUGACAUAGAAAAAAUGAAGACUGCACAUGAAAGGAAAUUGUGGCUGUCGAAAAUAUAUAAUAACUUAGGAUUUAUUCUGUACAAAAAGGUUGAAUUUAAUAAAGCACAAGAAUUGUAUAGAAAAUCCAUGACAUUAAACCCUUCUUUUGCACCAGCUUAUUACAAUCAUGGAGUUAUCAAUUACCGUCUUGGCUUAUUUGAAUCUGCUGUGAAAGAUCUCAGGACAGCUGUCCUGUUGGAGCCGCAAAAUUCAGAAUUUGUAACUGGAUUACAUGAAAGUGAAGUUGCGCUGAAUGAAAUAAAAAAAUUUGUUAAAUGAAAUCCUUUUUGUUGUUAAUGUUCUUUAAAAUGUACCUGAACAUCUAUUUUUUUUUUAAAAAGAGAGGUCCAAAUAUUUUAUUUUCAUUAGUGUCUUCUUUUUAAGACACAUGCAAUGUAUCUGUUACCUUAUAACCAGUGAAAUUAUUUUAUACAAUGUUUAAUUAUACUAAUAAU